AUGAUUGAGGAAGAGGAGUAUUAUGAUGAAGACAUCACAGAAGAGGACGUACCCACUGCAGAUAUUCCAACAACACAAGUACCAGAGGACUCCAGACCUGAGGAGACAGCCACAGACAGACUGACAGACUCCAGACCUGAGGAGACAGCCACAGACAGACUGACAGACUCCAGACCUGAGGAGACAGCCACAGACAGACCGACAGACUCCAGACCUGAGGAGACAGCCACAGACAGACUGACAGACUCCAGACCUGAGGAGACAGCCACAGACAGACUGACAGACCAGCCACACGCAGAGGACCAUCUGGUCCAGGUGCCACUUCAUCCCUGGCUCUACAAACAGACCAGUGCCGGUGAAGAGGUGGACGCCAAAACCGCCAGGUCAAAGCAGAGUCCGUAUGUUCCUCCCACAAUGCACUGGGCCUCACCACACAGACCUCGGCCCGGUCCAGUCUCCCCCACGUGGACCAAGAUCAGCGGGAAACCAGGGUCCUGGGUUAGACCCACCCCUCGCCUCUGGUCUUUCCGUCACCCAUGGUUCCAUGGCUCCUCCACAAACCGCCCAGAGAUCAAAGCAGAGACAGCAAGGCCGAGGGUCUCCCCCACAGCCAGCUCUGGGUACCCCCCCUUACUCCCCCACCUCCCCCACCUCCCCCCUGUGAAUCGUCCGGACCACAGCACCAUGGACCCGCUGCUCCUCACCCGACUGCGCAGCCGCUACAGACAGGUGCAGCUGGAGCGGAUGACUCAGCUCGGGAGGAUAAUGACUCCGAGACCUCGCCUCAGUUCGCCUUCCCACAGACCUGCCCCCACAGCGCCACCUCUCCACCAGGGGAAGUACUACCACGGCUUCUACCCGAGUCCAAGACCCAAGUACCCCACUCCUCACGGGCCGAUCUACUCUGGACACUGGCCCAUCGGAGGCCGGGGGGGGUCCCGCAGACCCACUGCAGCCCCCCCCUUCCGCUGGGCUCCGGGACCAGACUCAGGCUCCAAACCUCGGAUCACGUCUGUGUCCUCAUCCUCUGUGUCUGCCUCAGCCGAGAGCGACGUCCUCCUGCCCUGCUCCGCCACCGGGAACCCUCCCCCCUCUGUGGCCUGGACCAAGGUGUCCACAGUCUUCUUCCCCUUCUUCUCCUUCUUCCCCUUCUCCUUCUUCCUCUUCUUCCCCUUCUUCCCCUUCUUCUCCUUCUUCCCCUUCUCCAUCUUCUUCUUCUUCCCCUUCUUCUUCUUUCCUCUUCUUCCCUUUUCUUCCUUCUUUCUUCCUUUCCUUCUUCUUCCCUAA